GCGGCUCCGCGCUGCGCUGCCGCGCCCCGGCCCCAUGCGUGCUCGCUGGAGCAAGUGAGUGCUGGAGGCGUCCGGGCGGGCGCCGGCGGCCCGGCCUCGGGAGGGAGGAUGUGGUGAGAGGAUGGGGCUGUGUCCCGCGGGGGCUCGCCAUGGCCAGGGAGGACUCGGUGAAGUGCCUGCGCUGCCUGCUCUACGCCCUCAACCUGCUCUUCUGGUUGAUGUCCAUCAGCAUAUUAGGGGUUUCUGCUUGGCUGAGAGACUACCUGAAUAAUGUUCUCACUUUAACUGCAGAAACAAGGGUGGAGGAGGCUGUCAUUUUGACUUAUUUUCCUGUGGUCCACCCAGUUAUGAUUGCAGUCUGCUGUUUCCUCAUCAUAGUUGGAAUGCUGGGAUACUGUGGAACAGUGAAAAGAAAUCUGUUGCUCCUUGUCUGGUAUUUUGGAAGCUUGCUUGUAAUAUUCUGCGUUGAACUGGCCUGUGGUGUUUGGACCUACGAGCAGGAAAUAACGGUUCCAGUGCAGUGGUCCGAUAUGAUCACACUGAAAGCCAGGAUGACCAAUUAUGGCCUACCUAGGUACCAGUGGCUGACCCAUGCUUGGAAUUUCUUCCAGAGGGAGUUUAAGUGCUGUGGCGUGGUGUACUUCACAGACUGGCUGGAAAUGACAGAAUUGGACUGGCCACCUGACUCCUGUUGUGUCAGGGAGUUCCCAGGAUGCUCUAAGCAGGCACAUCAUGAGGAUCUCAGUGACCUCUAUCAGGAGGGAUGUGGUAAAAAAAUGUACACUUUCUUGAGGGGGACGAAGCAGUUGCAAGUGCUGAGAUUCCUAGGAAUCUCUAUUGGAGUAAUGCAGAUCCUGGCCAUGAUCCUCACUAUUACUUUGCUGUGGGCUCUGUACUAUGACAGAAGGGAUCCCAGGGCAGAUCAGAUCAUGGCACUGAAGAGUGAUACCUCGCAGGAGCUGUCAUGUCAUUCCAUGGAGCUGCUGAAACCAAGCCUCACCAGGAUCUUUGAACAUACAUCCAUGGCAAACAGCUUUAGUACACACUUUGAAAUGGAAGAGCUGUAAGGGAUGCGAUGAAUCUGCCAAGUCACAGAGGAUUUUUUGUGUUGUUGUUACUUCUGUUCUGUUCCAUCAAAUAUACCAGUCUUCUUAUGUGUUGGAAACCAGCUAGUGAAUGGAAGUGAAGAAGACCAGCAAAGAAAGAUGAGCCUGUUGCCAGCCUCUUAGCCAUGUCCUCAGCUGUGAAAGAGAGUUGAUUUUGUGUGUUCAUUUUUUAAAAUGCACUCAUUCAGUUGGGCACAGUAAUACUUGUUGGCACAAGCUGUGUGAAGUGUUAAACACUGACUCAAUCACAGGUAGACUGAACCUGUAAGGAAGCAUCGUGGAAAGGGAAGAGAAAUAUUCAUCUUCUGAAGAAAAAACUGUGCUUUGAGCAAACAAAAUGUGACUUCAGCUGAAAUUGACUUUUAAUAAGCCAUUUGGAAAAUGUCUUCAUCAGGGAUCUAUGUAUGUAUAAUUGUGUGUUUUCAUGUGUGCACGGAAAGCAGAGCUACAAUUCAAGUUAAUACUUGGAUUUAAAAAUUUGCAAGAUUUGUAAAAAGGGCGAGAUUUUCUUUUUUCUAACAAAAUGUUUAUCUUAGUUUUUGUUCUUAAAGAUGUUCUAAAACUUCUAUUUUUAUCUAACAUAAUGGUUUUUUUAGUUUUAAAUAUAUUAAACAGGGAUUGAAAACAAAACUAUUGCUGUGGACAAUAGACUUUAGUUUUCUGGAGAAUUCUUCCUUCAAACAGUUUGUUCUGUGGACUGUUUCUUAGUAAAAAGGAAGAAAACCUUAAACAUUCUUGCCAAAAUGGGAAUCAAUAUGGGAGUAGCACAUUUUUAUAGAUAAAUAUUUUCUCCUGUUCAUGAUUCCCCUGAAGCUAGACACAAAAGACUGCAGGAAAAAUGCUUACAGUUCUGGAUGCUAUUGCAAUAAUUGUAAAAGUACUCAAGGAAAAAUUUUACUUUGGUGAGGUGAGUGCUUCAUUAAGAACUCUCUGGUGGCCUAAAAUGCCAGCCAGAAACAUUAAAAUGUAUUUAUUGAGGUGGGGAAAGUGCAUUUUACUGUAUUUUGAUGAGCAAUGUCUAUGUCAUAGGAUUAUUUUUACAAUUGGCCACGCUCUUGAGAUAUAUAUUUGUUCCAUUGAGUAUAGUAGUUUGUGGCAAAUGGGCUUUUUACAUAAUAUUUCAUUAAAAAUUAGUUCGUUUGUUUUGGAAUUUGUAAAAGAAAAAAGAAAUCAAGGUGUGAUUUGGCAGACAAUAAAAUUACUUUUCUCUUAAAUUCUGUAAUAGCUUUUGUUUUUUAGUCCUAGAGUGGGAGUGCUUUGGAUGGGCAUUGGGAAGGUCCUCCUGCUAGUGUGAGUUAAUUUGACUUACCCAUUCCACUUACUCUGUUGUGGAGAAACUGCAAUGUUAGUGCAAUUUUCUUUUUUCUUUUUUAUUACUUCUGAGAAAACGUCUUAAGGGCUUGUGAAAUUAAGCACUUCAGUUACGUGGGCUGUUUGCUUUUCUGCAGUCUGCUUCUGGGUAUAAUUAUUUCAAGGGUACUAUUGCAAGCAAGAUUACCUUUCUGCUUUUGUACUUCUAUAGAUGCUAAUACCUAUUUUGGGAGGUAAAAGGAGAGACCAUCCCGAAAUUUUGCUUGGGAGUGUCUUUGUCAGGAAUGCAUUCCUAUGUUCUGCUUGGGAAGCCUUGUCCCGGUGUUGCUGCACAGGCAGAGCUGAGUUCCACCCUCCCACUGCUCAGCCUGGGUAGCAUUGCCUUAGCUAAGGGUGAGGUUCCUGCUAAGGAGCAGGUGUCCAACAAAGUCUGAGUGCAGAGCAACUCCAGGCUUCAGAAUGCUAUGCUAGUGGUGCUACACAGUGCAUUGAGUCAUCUCUUGCCACUGUUUAAAAAUCAAAAAAAGUCCGUACAAACCAUGGAUUGGGAAAUCUUGAUUAUGGAUUACGUGUACACAGCUACAUUUGCUAGUGAAUUACUACUGAAUGUAGGGAAUUUCACUUAAAUAAUGUAAAAAAAGUAAUGUAAAAAGAAAUAUAAAAUUCCCUUUUUCAAGUAAGCCUCAGCCCUUAAAGUUUUACCCCAGGAGUGUCUGUGGAAGCCAUGUUUAGCCAUGCUUCAGAUAUUCCUUGUCUUUCCAUACAAGGACUCUUCAGACUAACAUGGGGGUUGCCUGUGUAUCUUCUAACCUGGAUGCAUUCUAACCUGCUCAUCAAGGAACAAACAGGGCAAGCCAAGCUAGGGGAUUGUGUUGGGAUUUAGAGAUAUUUAGAACCCAGGUCAUUUGGUUUUAAGCUGUCUGGGUGUGAGGAAGCACUGCCUUCAGGUGUAGUCAGGUUUCUUUAACAGCACAGGAUUGCUUAGACACAGAGCCAGCCUCCCAAAGCAGUGUUUAUGGACCUCCACAACAAUGAACAUUUGGGAUCAGGAAAAGCUCACUUGGACUUGGCUACCCAAAUCCUGAGCCUGUCUACAUUCUGGGAAAGAAUAUUUCUGUUUUGAGUAUUUAACUGCAUUUGCAGAAAUAGGUCUCAUCUGUAAAUUGGAACACUUCAAGAAUUUUUUCCUUGACUGCUCAGGCUAUGAGGUGCCUGCUUUUCUAGGGCUUCUUCAAAGAGCCUUAAAAUUAAUUGGCUAGGCUGUGGUGAGCCUGCUCUUUUCCUGUAGAGCUUUAGAUUCUGUGUAGCAGAGAGGCUGCUUGGCAAGACAGGAACAUUUAGAGAUACUUGAGGCAGUGAAAACUACUUCCUUUUAUUUUCUUUUUUCCUCAGUUUUACAGGAGUACUUGGAGAAGGAUGAUGUGGUUUUUGCUCUCUGCAGCAUGAAGUGUAAUGAACUAAAUCUUUCUUGUUGCAGCAAACAACUACAGAGAUGCUCCUUAACGUUUUUCAGAGAGCACUCGAGGAGUGCAACUGUAUCAGAAAAAGGGGUCACUUCCUGCCAGCACCAAGUUUUGUGUGCAGCCCAGUGACUGUACAAGUUCAUGGCACUGUGCCUGUUGCUGUGGGGCUGAGCAUGCUUUAGGAGGCAAAGAUCACUGUUUCUGGUCCUUGGAUCUGGUCCUGGCAUUGAUUCAUCUGCCAACAGGUGGUAUGACAAGAUUUUUGGAAGGAAAGAGCUAUAUUUUCUUCUUUAUUGCUUUUCAUUUUGUAAAAGCAUAUAUGAAUAUAAGGGAAUGUAUAAAGAAUGAAUAGUAAAAAGAGAGAGUGUUGGUUACAGCAACUAUAUAGUUAAAUUUGGUGGAGGAAGGGAUUUAUAAAUAGCUUUUAAAGUUUUUAUUGUGAAAGCAUUGUAUUUGGUCUCAGAGCAUGGUGCUAAUAAUGCUAAAGUUUCAAGCUCAAUCCCCAGAUGGGCCAUUCACUUAAGGGUUGGAUUUGGUCCUUGUAUGUCCCUUCCAACUCAGAAUAUUCUAUGAUUCUGUAAACUGUGCAGAAAAACACAGAUUAUUAAAGUCUUACAACAUUGACACACUAAGGGUUUGCAUGGCACAGUAGUGGGGAGGGUAUGGGGUGAUUUCUCUGAGAAGCUGAGAAGCUUCCCCUGUGUCUGACAGAGCCAGAGCCAACCAGCUCCAGCAAGAACCUCUGCUGGCCAAGGCUGAGCCCUUUGGUGACAGGGGUAGCCCCUCUGGGAUAGCUAUUUGAGAAGCAGAAAAAGUGGUUGUGGUAACAGCAAGUGCAGCUGGAGAGAGGAGUGGGAGGAACUGCUCUGCAGACACAAAGGUCAGUGAAGAAGGAAGGGCAGGAGGUGCUGCAGGCACCAGAGCAGAGGCUCCCCUGCAGCCAGUGGUGCAGCCCAUGGUGCAACAGGCUGUCCCUGCAGCACAGGGAGGUCCAUGGUGGAGCAGAGACCCACCUGCAGCCCGGGGCAGCCCCACACCAGAGCAGGUGGGUGCCUGAAGGGAGCUGUGACCCUGUCACAGCCCCACUGGAGCAGGCUCCUGGCAGGACCUGUGCAGAGAGGAACCCACGCUGCAGCAGGUCUGAUGGCAGCUGUGUGUGACCCUUGGGGGACCCAUGCUGGAGCAGUUCAUGAAGAACUGCAGUCCAUGGGAGGGACUCUCCAUGUGAGAAACACCUCCCAUGGAAGGGACCCCAUACUGGAGCAUGUAAAGAGUGUGAGGAGCUUGUCCUGGGAGGAGGGAGCAUCAGAAAACACAUGAUGAGCUGACCACAGACCUCAUUUCCUGUCUCCCUGCAUGUCUGAGGAGGAGGAGGUAGAGUUCAGGAAUAAAGUUGAGCUUAGGUAAAAGGGAAGGAUGGGGGAAAGAUGUUUUAUUUUUUAUCACCCUGUUUGGAUUUGAUUGGUAAUAAAUUGCACCAAGUGGUCUGUUUUUCCUAUGACAGCAGUCAGUGAGUGAUCUCUCCCUGUCUAUAUCUGAACCCAAGAUAUAUUACUGUUACAUUUUCUCUUCCCUGCCCAGCUGAGAAGGGAAGAGAUAGAGUGGCUUUGGUGGAAAUCUGGCAUCCUGCCGGUGUUGUCAGCCCACAUCAAGCAUUGCAUUUAAUUCAUACAAAAUGCUAUUGUUGAAGUGAGAUGGUAUCUAAAACUUUCCAACUUGUGUAUGAUUGACUACUUCCUGUUUAAAAAAAUGUGAUGUCCUAAACUUUUGAGAAUUUCUAUAUAUCCACUUCUGUUUUAUUCAGCAUUCCCCCACUUCAGUUGUUCCUUGUGCGUGGAUACUGUUAAGUAGACAACUAGAUGACAUAGGCAGGUAAGAAAAUAAGCUGCUGGAUAAUUCCUUGUAUCUUCUGGACUUUGCCAAUCUGUGUUCACUCCUGACACUCCUGCUCUUUUAGCCACGUUUGUGUAUCCCGUCAGCUGAUGGCUCCUCUAGAACAGGUGAUGGUCCUAAAAUAUUCCCAUAGACAAUUGUAAAAUAAAGCCCUGGCGGGCCUCAGGUGCAGCAAAGAGAGCUUAUGACCUCCUAACCACGCUCCCUGCCCAAAAUUUAAUGAUCCUGUGGCUUCAGUAAUUUGUCCUCCUCCAGAUCAGCUUCCUCUCUGAAGGUCCCCUUCUGUCUGCAGCAGCUGAGGCUGCAUUGGGUUCUCUGCUCUGAAAGCCUUCUCUUGGUAGCCAGGAUGCUUCCACCAAGAGCAUAUCCACAACUUUAAAAUGUAAAGUGUACAUUUUCAGUUUGCCUUCUGUGGCUAUUUUAUGAGAGGACAGUUGUUAUCAAAAAUGCUCUGGGAUGGUUCACAGACAGGUGUUAUCUGUUAUCUUUCCCUACCACCCAGAGCAGUGAGCUCCUCACAGAGGCAGACAUCAGGUGUGCCAAGGUUGAUCAACAUCAUCUGCACCUAGUUACCCUUCAUUAGUGAUCCAUGGUGUGUUGCUACCUGUUCUUAGUCUACAAACAGAGUUUGAUCUUCUCUGUGCACUAGUAUUUUAUCAAGGGAAUUUGAUAGCAGGUAUGAGAAGUUCAGCAGAGCAGUUUAGUUUUUGGAUGUACACAAGGGACAUUUUUUAAAGUACAGAUAAAGAGAUGGAGUUCAUACUGCUGGAAAUGUUCAAACUGCUGCUCCAAUUUUCUCUGCUGCUGCAGGCUGGGAAGGCAAAGGUGAUGGCUGGUCCCUCAGGAGAAGGGCAACUCUGCAGUGGAGCUGUGGCAUCCUGGCCUUGAUGGUUCUAGUAUGGUUUAGAUAGACUCAUGUCUUGCCUGGAAUUACUGUCUAGGAUAUUCGCUGACUUCAGAUUAAGUGUUCCUUCCAAACUAUUAGAGGGGAAAAAAUUUUCAUUAAUAAGUUAUUGCAAAACCAAGUUGACCCAUUCAAGCAUGCAGAUGUUUUAUUUAAAUAUUCCUCAAAUGUCUAUUUAUUCAGCAUAACACAUGUAUUAUGCUGCCUUCUGAAAUACGAUAUAUGACUGUCAAACGAAAUUGUCAAAACAACAAUCUUGGUUUCUUUGUAUGAUACACAGAAAUAAUUACAUUUCAUGUACAGUACAGAUGCAUUUUACACAGUCAUCAACAGUCAUUCACUACCAAAACAGCAUUUAAAUCACCUAAAACACCAAAAAAAUGUGUAUUUCCCAAAUUCAGAAUAAAUUAAUGGUUUUGCAUGUGACAUAUGGAAAUAGGAGACAAGACUGGAAUUCUGAAAAAUCAUACUAAAUCAUCUCUUAAGCUGCAUUUUAAAAAUGAAAAUACAAGUUGCUUCAGGGGUAUAACUGUUAUGCAAGUGUAUUGCUGUAGUGUGUUCUUUCUAGAGCCUAUGAACAGGAGAAUAAAGAGCUUUUAAAAGACACAUGACCUGAUGGAGUCAGUAGGUUUCCUGGGUUGUAUGUAGUCUGUACCAAAGUAGGUUUAGUAACUGCCCCUUUGCAUUAUUUAGCUGAUAUAACUAGUCAUGAAUUACCACAUGACAUAAAGAAGUUGUUGCAGUUUGCUGACAUCAAGGCAGUUUUUAUAUUAAUAAAUGUUUGGCAAAAGUGGGAACCAAGUAUGAGUAACCAUGCGUAGAAGUAGGAUGCAAGUCAAAAAACUGAUGUGUUCUGCCUCUCCUCUGAACCCAUUAUAGUUUAUGUAACCUACCAGCUUCAGCAGAUCUGCUGCAGGGUGGAAGAGAGAGCAGGGCUGGCUAAUGGACUUAGGCAGGGCUGCUCAGAAGGAGCCCUUCCUCUGGCUCAGAGCACAGCCCAUGCUUCUGCUCUCUGAUGUUUGAAAGAAAUGCAGAAGCUCAGUUUGCAAUGAGUAAAUCCUUCUGAUUUGAAAAAAAAAA